AUGAUUGAAGUGCUCACCCGUGGUGGUGUCAUUGAAACAGCAACAAUUCCAUCAGCAACGAGUAACAGUGUAAUUGGUGGCGGCUCCUCAACGUCAUCUGGCGUAUCGUCCGCUUCAAAACAUCUUUCGUCAUCUAUCUCUACACUUUCGGUAAUUGGACAAGGCGUCGAAUUACGACAACAGAUUGUUAAAAGCCCAUCUGAUGAAUCUUUGAGGUCUCGCACAUCAUCUUCCGGCGGUAGCGGAGGCGGCAAUUCAAAUGGGACAGCAAAUACAAAUACCAGCAGUGGAAAUAAGGGAUAUCGUCCGGAAGAUGCAGUGCGGACGUUUGGAGGUAAGCUCACAUCCUUCGAAAUCUCAGAAAUUUACAAUUAUCCUCGUGUUUAUUUUGUUGGAUCUCAAGCGAAAAAACGAAGUGGUAACAUCAGUUCGCAGAAUAAUUGCGGUUAUGACGAUGAUAUGGGAAGCUACUUUCUUGUUGCGCAUGACCAUAUCGCAUAUCGUUAUGAGGUGUUGAAAGUUAUUGGUAAAGGAAGCUUUGGUCAGGUAAUACGUGCAUAUGAUCACAAACAUCAGCAAUAUGUUGCGCUGAAAUUAGUUCGUAACGAAAAGCGUUUUCACCGUCAGGCAGAAGAAGAAAUUCGAAUUCUCGAUCAUUUACGAAGGCAAGAUCCAGAAGGUGCUUAUAAUAUCAUUCACAUGCUAGAUCAUUUCAAUUUCCGAAAUCACAAAUGCAUUACUUUCGAGUUGUUGAGCAUUAAUUUGUAUGAACUUAUCAAGAAGAACAAAUUCCAGGGAUUUAGUCUACAGCUCGUUCGAAAAUUUGCGCAUUCAAUGCUACAAUGUCUUGAUUUGCUUAAUCGUAACCGUCUUAUUCACUGUGACUUAAAGCCAGAGAAUGUUUUGUUGAAACAACAGGGUAGGAGUGGCAUAAAGGUUAUUGAUUUUGGUUCUUCAUGUUUUGAUGAUCAGCGAGUAUAUACUUAUAUCCAAUCGAGGUUUUAUAGAGCUCCAGAAGUAAUUAUGGGUGGAAAAUACGGGAUGCCCAUCGAUAUGUGGUCACUUGGGUGCAUACUAGCUGAAUUACUUACUGGAUAUCCACUAUUACCUGGAGAAGAUGAAAGUGAUCAGUUAGCAUUAAUAAUUGAAUUGCUCGGUGUGCCACCUCUUAAAGUCACUGAGAAUGCCAAAAGAACGCGUAAUUUCAUUUCAUCGAGAGGUUAUCCACGGUACUGCACUAUAACUACAAUGUCUGAUGGAACUGUAGCAGUCUCAGGAGGGCGAUCAAAGCGCGGUAAACCAAGAGGUCCUCCUGGAAGUCGGUCUUGGAAUUCUGCGUUGAAAAAUCAGGGCGAUGAUUUAUUCAUUGAUUUUCUGAGGCAGUGUCUGGACUGGGAUCCAGAUAAGCGACUAACUCCUCAACAAGCUUUGAAGCAUCCUUGGCUGCGAAGACGAUUGCCUAGACCUCCGGAGUGUUGUGUUAAUCUUAUCUCCAUGGAUACUAGUGCCGAUGCUUCUCUUGUUUCGAAGUUGCCGCAUAUCUGA